AUGUCAGCUAAUAUUCUCGAUAAAUUACAAGAAGUUUUUGAUGGAAAAGGUUCGCUGUGGUUAGUUGAAUGAAAUUUUAUGUUUCCAUUUUCAAUAUUCAUUGUUUUCAGGGAAGUGGAAUUAAUGUGGAGAAUAGUGUGUUGAAACUACACGCUAUUGGGAAUAUCUUCAAUUUCAACUUCAGUGGGAUGAACAGAUUAUUGAUGAUCGUUUGGUAUGAACAUGAUCAAUAUCGAGAAGGCCUCAAUUAUGAGAUCCGCGAUUUCCGAGUAAGUUUAUCAAUUCAAGAAAUGUUUUUCUGACCUCUGAGAUUCGUUGUGCCGAAAUUUGAUGAGUUUUGACACCAAACACAGGAAAAAAUAUAUAAAAUGACAAAAAAAGUCUCAUGAACCACGUCAUACGUUCACGUGAAACAAAAUGAGGAAAAAUGGCGAUUCUUUUUUCAUCUUUUACUUUUAUUUUUUUCAACAGUAACCCUGUGAAAAUUCUUCAAAUUUCGCGCCAAAAAACGCUAUUUGGUCCACGAAAAAAGUUCUUAAUAAAAAUUGGCAAUAAUUUUUUUUCCGAUCGAUGAAAACCCAGAAGAUUCUCACAAUGCUAUCGUUUUGUUCCGUGAAUUGGCGAACACGACACAAAUGGUGGAAAAAUCAGGUUUUUUGAAUUUGAUCCAGAGAUCCAAGAGAAUUUGGAAAGAAUCGAAAUGAAUGCUGACAAUGGAUGGUUAGUUGCAAGUUUUAAAAUAUACCGGCAGAAUUCAAAAAAUUUGAAUUCUUCCCGUAAAUAUUUUCAAUCAUGAAGUUCCUAAAUCCAGUUCUUUUUAGGUUCAUAUUGUCUAUUCACCAACAACAAUUUGUAGUGAAUCAAAGUGGUCAAGAUGGAAUUGA